AUGUCUUCUAGAAAAUCUGGAAUAUCUCGUAUAUGGAAACUUUAUUCAUCUGAAGAAAAACGAAAUAUUAUUAUUUAUAUCAUUGGUAUCAUGCUUUAUAAAUUUGGUUUAGAAGCAUAUAAUGGAUCAAUUGUUAGCCUUGCAACAAAUCGUUAUGAUCAAGAAGCAUUUCAUAGUAAUUCAACCAUACGUACAUUUGAAAGAGUUGGAUUACUUUCUGGUCUUAAUCAAGCAUGUCAGUGUAUUGGUUCUAUUCUUAUAGCACCACUUACAAAACGUUGGCCAACACGUACUGUUCUUUCAAUAUCAAUUUUUAUUUUUGCAAUCUUUAGUGCCAUAUUAAUGAUUGUUGAUGCUGCAACUAGUGGUCAUAUAAAACCAAAAGAUUUUGUACAGAUAAAUGAAAAUGAUUAUAGAUAUUACGGUAAAUAUAAUACAAAUGGGAUAAUACCAAUAUAUUGUAUUACUGGUGUGGCAUUCGGUAUGGUUGAAUUAAUUCGACGAGUUAUACCAAGAGAUAUUGUCGGUGAUGAUGGUGAAAAAUUACAAAAAAUGGACGCACUUGUUCAUAUUUUUUAUGAAAUAGCAGGUGUUAGUGGAGCAUUUACAACUGGUCUUGGUUUAAUUCCUCUUCUUGGAAAUAAUUAUUCAUUUAUAAUUACACCAAUACUUUUUACAGCAGCUGCUAUUAUUUGGUUUUUUAUUAGUUCUCUUGGAUUAGCAAAAACUAAUAAUUUAAAUGAUGAAAAUAUUCGAAUUGAUAAAAAUUUUGAAUCAAAUUAUUUUAAAUCAAUCCUUAACGGUUUUAUUGUUUUUAUUCAAUCAUUUUUUAUUGGAGCAAAAAUCAUUUUUACACAUCGAAAAUUUGUUUGGUUAUGGAGUUGUUAUGCAUUAACACUUUAUGCACAUCGAUAUCUUGAAAAUGGUAUUGCACCACAAAUAGCUAAACGUUAUCUUGAACAAUCGGAAUGGUCACAAGUUAUUGUUGGUGCUUCAAAUUUUGGUGAAUUACUUGGUGCUGUAUUUAUAUUUAUUUUUGGAAAUUUUAUUAAAACUCCUCUUCCAUGGUCAAGAUUAGAUGCUUUUAUAUUACUUCUUGUUUGGUAUAUUCCAUAUUAUUAUCCACCUAUUAAUAAUGUUAAAUAUGCAUGGAUUAUUGCUGCAACAUAUAUUCCUAUUGGAUUUGGAUCAGCUGCUGAUGAUAUUGGACUUAAUUCAUUUAUUCAAUCAUCUUUAAGUGGUUUAGAAUCGAAACAUAAAAAUAUUUCAGCUUUAGGAGCUGUUGCAUCAUUUCUUUAUUCAUCUUAUAUAAUUAUUUAUGCUAUUUUAAAUCCACUUCUUGGACUUUAUAUAGAUAAUAUUUAUAAUUCAACGAGAUCAGUACAAUCAGCAUUUGUUAAUACUGUUGCUAUACAAAUGACAGUUAUUUCGACAAUCGUAUUAAUCUCUACACUUAUUCCAAAAGGUUCCAUGGUAUGUAAUCCAGUAUUACUUCACGAUGAAGAACUUGAUAGUACAAUGGAUAAUGUGCAAAGUUCAGAUAAACUAUCCCAUAAGAAAAAUGAUUCUGAACAAAAUAUUCAAGGGAAUCCUCGGAAUGAAACUGAUUCACAAUUAGUAAAAUAUUUUUAA